AUGCAGAACGUUAAAAGUUAUUUUUCUUCUUGGAAACCAUUUUGGAAAUCAUCAACUAAUUCUUGUCAUUCACGAACAUUAACAUUAGCACCAUCAAAUAUUAAUUUUACAAGUUCAAGUUUAGGUGAUUUAAAACAUUCAGUUAUUGAUGAAAAAUUAAUGAUUGAUAUAUCAACAAAAUUAAUGGAAAGUGAUUGUCCACCAAAAUUACAAAUAUGUGCACAUAAUAAUCAAUGGUUUGCAUUAAAUAAUAGUCAUUUACUUGUUUAUCGUCAAUUAGAACGUAUUGGUCUCUGUGAUACUGUUGUAUGUGACAUCAUUCGAAGUCAAGAUGUACCGAUUGGUAUUCGACAGACACUUACACCUGUUACAACAAGUGAUUCAGAACAUCAUCAUUGUUUUCAACAUUCAAGAGGACGUAAUGGUGAUCAUUAUAUGCUUAUGGAUGAAGAAAGACCUCAAAGUCACGAUGAAAUAUUAUAUUGUGCUGAUGCUCCAAUAGAUUCAUGUGGUUGUUUUGAAGGUGAAGAUCAAUGCGAUUGUAGUGUUGUUACAUAUGGUGAAAGUGAUCAUGAUGGGGAAUCUGAUGAUGAACAAACUGAUGAUAAUUAUGGUGAAUGGCAAACAAGUUCUUCAAUGCCUGUUACACAAAUAAGUACAAUCAGUCAUAAUCGAUUAGACGAUAUUGAUAAUGAUGAUGAUUUAAUUGAAGAUAAUCAAAAAGAAAUGCAAAGUUUAUUGUAA